ACUCCCAAAACUGGCCAUUUUAUUGAAGAUCUCCAGCUUCACUCCUCAUUCCCCGCUUCUUGGUGCCUCGGUUGUGGAUAUAAGGUGACAUUCGGCCUUAAUAUCGGAUGCCUCAAGCUUGGAUACAAAAUGACUCGCGAUACCAGCUUUACUAUCCCAUUAGUUCGAUUGCCGUCAUUCGUACCUACUUACAGUGACGCAUGAUGAUUCCACCGAGUGUUUCUCACCUCCUGGCCGUUGGGGCAGGAAUUGGUACCCUAUUUGCCAAUCAUGUCUCUGCUCUUGACAGGACAACUGUAAAGACGGAUAGCGGUGUUGUUAAAGGCUUUACAGACGAGUCUUUUCCUAAUGUGGCUCAAUUCCUCGGUAUACCUUAUGCCGAACCUCCGGUUGGGAAACGACGAUGGGCUCCUGCAGUAGCCAAAGGACAAUUCGGAACAUUGAAUGCAUCGCAUCAAGGCCCUGCUUGUCCUCAGGCUGAACCAUCCAACAGUGGUCCUUGGCGCCCUGAGUUCCUGAUCAAGCCUAACAGUACAGGCGAAGACUGUCUGUACCUCAAUGUAUGGACUCCAUAUAAGACUCGGGGAGGUAACAAGGAUAAACUACCUGUGUUGGUUUGGAUCCAUGGCGGUGGUUUUGGUGCUGGCGGUGGUAACAUCGACUAUCAAGUAUCUCCCCACUGGAUCGCAAGGAGUCAGAAACACAUAGUCGUCAGUCUCAACUAUCGUCUGGGAAUCUUUGGGUUCCCAAAUGCCGCGGGUCUUGGCCCCAAAGAGCAAAAUCUGGGACUCCUAGAUCAGCGUCUUGCUGUCGAGUGGGUGCGCGACAACAUCGCACGCUUUGGCGGUGAUCCCAAGGGGAUCACUCUCUGGGGUCAGAGUGCCGGCGGCGCUUCGGUUGGGUACUAUCAGUAUGCGUAUCCUAAGGAGCCAAUUGCGCGUGCAUACAUCCAAGAUUCAGGAGGUGUCUUCUUACCCAUCAACAAUGCUGAUUCCUCACACUCCAACUUUACCUCUAUUGCGAAGGCGUUCAAGUGUGAUAAAGGCAACCAGGUCGAUUGCCUCCGCAGGGUACCAUUCAAGGAUAUCCAGAAGAAGGUCGAGAAUACAGCGGGAGUGAGCUUUGUUCCUGUUGUCGAUGAGAGAACUAGGUUCUCCGACUACUCGAAGCGACUUCUAUCGUCCAAGAUCCCCAAGCUGCCAUCCAUCAUCGGUACCAACAGAGACGAAUGGAACUUUGGUGCAGAGCCUGCAGAGCCUCCGGUCAUGCCACCACCCGAACAAGUCCACACAGACAGUACCUUUGGUUGUCCCGCACACUUCGAAACAGCUCUGCGAUCCUCAACCAACGCCAAGACCUGGCGAUACAUGUACUCCUCAAACUUCACCAACAUCAUGCCCGGGGACGAGGGCGCUUUUCAUUCCGCUGAACUUCCUUUGAUCUUUGGAACCCAUGAUAUUGCGCGGAAUAAGUCUGGGCCGUUUGAGUACAAGAUCAGUCAUUCGAUGCAGGAUUACUGGUUGGCGUUUAUUCAGGAUCCCUAUGCUGGAUUAACGACGAAGGGAUGGAAGCCAACAGCUGGAGGGUAUGAUGCAUUGCAGACUGGUGUGGAGUUUGGGUUUGACAAUAAGAUUGUUGUGAGGAAGUAUUCGUUCAAGUCCUUUCGGGAUGGGUGCACAAUGACCAGCAGCCUCGUCGUCCUUGGCGAUGCCGAAAUCCGAGAGCUUCUCAUCAGCCUGUCCAAAGAAGAAGUCCUUCAGUUCAAGGAGGCUCUGGAGAACAUCCUCAUUGACUUCUCUGUCAGAGGUGAAGGGAAAUACCAACCAACACCAGAUUUCGUCAACCGACCGAAUGGGCAAAAGACUCUCUUCCGCACUUUCAGCUCUCCAGACCAUGUAGGAACCAAGAUCGUGGUCACGCCAGCUCCCAUCAAGGACUCAGAGGGCAACACGGUGAACCGUCCACUUGGAGGACUUUUGUCUUUGUGCGAUUCUGCAGGUGUGCCGACGGGUAUACUCAAUGCUGCGGAGCCAACUGGCUAUCGUACUACUUUAUCUGCUUUGAUCCCAUGGACUUGGAGAAGGAAUACGGAAAAUAUUGUGAUCUUUGGAGCGGGAAAGCAAGGGCUUUGGCAUACUCGUCUGGCACUGGCUCUCAGAGGCUCCGAGAUCAAGAAGAUCACCGUCGUGAACCGGUCUGUGGGCCGGGCCAAGGAUUUGGUCAAGACGGUUACGGAAGAAAACCAAAAGUACUGGAAGUCUUCUGCCACUCUGAAUGUUCUGGAUCCUGCUAAAGCUGAUUACGACGAGGCUCUGGCAUCUCUCUUGUCAUCAGCCGACGCAGUGUUCUGCACAGUUGGUUCAACAAGUCCCCUGUUCUCACACAAGACCAUCCUAGGUGAUGGAACACUAAGCAGAUUACCUUUCGUCGGCGCCAUAGGUUCAUGGCAAGCCGACAUGAUCGAACUUGAUCCAGAAAUGCUUCGCCAUGCUGCUUCUCGCGACGACUCAUACAGCCCUCAUGGUGCGGAAGGCAGUAUUCUUGUUGAUGAUCUUGAAGAGGCGAUGGUCAAGUCUGGAGAAGUUAUACAGAGCGGUCUCAAGGGUGAAAGGUUACUUCAGGUUGGAGAGAUCUUAGAUUGGCUAGAUGACAAGUCUGAAAGGAAGCCUGAAGGAGGCGUCGAGAACCUGAAGAAGUGGAUUAGUGAGGGCUUCAUUGUGUACAAAGGCAUUGGCGUGAGUGUCACAGAUCUUGCCGCUGGAAACGCGAUCCUGGGCCUUGCUAGGAAGAGAAAUGUUGGAACGACUAUCUCUAACUUUUAGCUUAAUGACGGGAUUAGAUAGAAGCUAUCUCAGAGUCUCUAAUGUGCCAAGUCAUUUUGGUGGUCUA